UGUCACUCAGGUUGAGUCUGUGGAUCAAAAGGUAGAAGAUGGUCAAAUUCUUUGCCCAGAAAAUUAUUGCAAACUUGAACUGCCAUUCUAGAACAUCUUUUUGGUUAUUGUACAGUUCCAGAUCAUUUUCAGGUCUAAAGUAAACCCAAAAUGUUUCUUUGUCCUCAUCCUGCACUGAGAGGGCUUGAUUCUCCAUGCCUCAUUAGUGUCCAUCACUGAGUAACUUGAUCUACUUGUCUGACAAAAAUGACUGAAAUCUUCAUCCACACAUCUUGCAGACAGCUUUCUCAAAUGUUAAUGGCAAUACUCAUUUUUCACAGUUCUGAAUAUAUUUUAGCAGUUGCCAUUCAUGGGAAAUCAAAUGUAACUCGCGGAGACCUCUUGAUCAGCAAACACUACCUGCUGGCAUUAAUUUGUUCACUGCUGGAGUACUUGCUUGAAAUUUUCUUAUUUCCUGGGUUGAAGGAAUUCUGGUGGAUAAGCAACUUGGGCCUUGUGAUGGUUGUCAUCGGAGAAAUCAUACGGAAAAUAGCAAUUCUGACAGCCAGUCAAGCCUUCACUCACAUGAUCAGGAUUCAUCGUGACGAGCAACACAAAUUGGUUACUUAUGGAGUAUAUAGAUUUGUCCGUCACCCAGGAUACUGUGGUUUUCUCAUCUGGUCAGUUGGAACUCAGAUAAUGCUCUGCAAUCCCAUAUCCACAAUUGCGUUUACGGUGGUUGUUUGGAAGUUCUUUGCCAACCGGAUACCAUAUGAAGAACAUUUCUUGAGGCAGUUUUUUGGGUCACAGUAUGUGGAAUAUGCUAGGCAUGUGCCUUCUGGGGCGCCGUUUAUAAAGUGAAGCUAUAGCAGACUUGUUAUUGGGGUUGACUUGGUUUUCAUAUUAAUUCCUCUUUGUCAUCAACAACACUAAAUGCUGUUUCCGUGAAAGUUACUGAUGAAGCAAUCACUGAAUUAAGCUCAAGCUGUUGAUAGUUUUUAAGUUGCAAGAAUCAUCUUCUUGACUGUAAAUUUUCAUUUGGUCUGCUCAAACGGAGAUUUCUCUAUUGAAAAGUAAUAUUAAUCCAGUAAACAUAUCUCUUACGGCUUU